CCUCUCACUUUGUCGACAGCGCUCGACUCGGAUGGUUCUCGAUAUUUGUACCCCAGGGUACUGACACUUUUUUUAGAUUUACUCUUCCGAGUUAUUGUUAAAUUAAAAAAAAUUAUUUUUUAAUUAAUUAAAUUAAAAACACGAAAAAUGUAGUGCCAAAUUUCCGGUUAAAAAUUGACAAAUUUCGUGCUGUGAAAGGUGUGAGGAGUGUUUGUGAAUUUUUUUUAUAAAAAUUACCUCUGUUAUAUGUGAUUUUUUAAUGGAAUAAUUAUUUUUAUUAAUAAUCUAUGGAAUUUAUAUGAAUGUAAAUAAAAAAAUAAUAAAUAUUUAUAGUAAAUAAAUAAAAAAGUGUCAAGUGAAAUUCUGGAUACUUCUGAUGGAGUAGAAAGUCUGAUAAAGUUGCGAUGAGGAUGAACAUGAUAACUUGCUCAUGUGCGCAACCAUUACCAACCGAAUGUCGAGAAUUACGUGCUUAUGACGGAAGAAUAAUUACCGGUAAUGAAAUAGUAGCUGCGAUAGUAAUUGAAAAAAAUAAAGCCUGCAAUAAUAAAGGAGUAGACGGGAAUGACCAUGACGAGUGUGGCUGUUGGGCCGGCUAGCCUCGGAGCGCCCUCAGCGAUGCUUAGCUCAAAGAGAUAUCUUCAGCAGGGCAACACUUCCAAUUCAUCAUCACCCACACCUAAUAAGAAUUACGAAACGCUGAGCAAGGGCAAGAAGUCGUGGAGCGUAAGAUUGGGUCUGUCACGGCAAAACCAGCCGUCCGAUGAAACGACAAGUGGCUGGAGCACGAUAAGCGGAGGCAGUGCCCUGUCCCGACAAAUGCUCUACGGAGAGCCAUGGAUCUACGGCACAGUGAGGUCCUCAAGGGCGAGCCUGGAGCCCCGGGGCUUCCUGACCCCGCCACCACCUCCGCCACCCGGCGCUCCCAUCCUCGUGGUCUGUUCUUGUCCGGAGUUCCUCAGCGGGACUACGAGGAAGCUGGGAAACUGCCGUAAGUGCGGAGGUCAUCGGCUUGCUGGGAUCCCUCUCGGAGGAACGUGCAGAAUUCCUGCCAGCUCUGCUCGCGCUAGACCCAGUCUUGCUGGAGUCUUAAGACCAUCAGUCGACGACCCGUACGAUGUAAUGCGAAGAAGUCGUCUAGUAGAGCCGCGAUCACGUGCCAGAAGUAUAUCCCCUUACCGGCAAUCAAACCAGCGUGACCAGCGCAGCCAGAGUGUGAUGCGCGGCACAAAAGAACGCAAAACAAGCACCACAAGCACCACCGGGGUUUCACGUACCGAGUGGUUCGAUACCGAAGUGAAUUACGCCGAUGAAUUCCCAAGAAAAUCCCCCACUGAUGAUUGGUGUAAGGAGAAUUCCGCAGAUUCCAAUACUCCCUUAAUAACUGCUCAAACAUCCACAUCGACAUCUGCUUCUUCUCCAUCUAUAUCUUCUUCAACCAGCAGACAGUCUAAGGGAAAAAACAAGUGGCAAGAGCCAUUAAGAGCUAAUAUUACAAGCCAAGCUGAAGAUGUUACCUUAACAUCAACCAUCGACUCCCGCAAAAGCAUCCUAGAAUGCAACGUCAACCCUUAUUUGUUGGUCAAGAAAAACUUGACGACCAAGGACGAGGAUGAUUUGAGCGAUGAUCUUUCAGACAAUGCUCUGGAAUUGGACGACAUGUCCUCCAGUCUCUUCGAUCCCUCCAAAGUGAAAUCCAUCGAACGGCUGCCCAAUCGCGGGGCAGUUGCUGCGAUUGGCGGGCAGCGAAUUCGCGUUUUUAAUGAACCCAGGGAGUUGAUUUCUGAUGAAGAUGAUACUGUUUCUUCUAUUCAACCAGUCACACGCAUUCCCAUUCCUAAGGUCUCACCCAAAAGGCCGCCCAGGAGACCCAAAGAGGUUAAAGCUGUGCUUAAAAGCAUCCUCAAAAGGAGCAAAGGUACUUUGGCGCCCAAUUCUGAUGGUGUGAGGAAAAAUGUGCUUUUUAAUGUUAAUAAUAUUAUUUUUGCACCGGAAAAGUCUAAUGAUAGAAGAAUCAGCAAAGGUUCUUUGCUUAAUAACAAUAAUAAUAAUAAUAAUAAUAAUAAUAAUAAUAAUAAUAGUAUCAAUAACAAUAUUAGCAAAGAAGAUGACUUGGAAAAGCCUAUUGUUCCUGAAGAAGUUAAAGAACGGCCCAAGUUUAUAACUAUUCCAAAUAUCAAGGAGCCAAAACGCCAGGAGAAGUUUCAGGAGUGUAAGAUAAUCCCGGAAGUCAAGACCAUGUUUCAAGAUAGAAAGGUCAAUAAUAAUAAUAGUACUAAUAAACGACCAGAAGUCCCUAUGAGGAACAAGAAGGUCGCAGAUGGCAAAACGAUUACUGUUGAGGAGAAUAUUGAUGUUUCUGGCAAGAAAAACGGUAAAACUGAGCGUGAACAAGAUGGUGGAGUGCCUAAAAUGGCGGAACCGAAGAUAGAGAGGGGAGAGGAUGAAACGAAUUUGGAGAUUGAAAUUGAGGAGCUCAAGGAUCGGCUGACCGAUAUUGAGACUGAAGAUAAGGAUUUGCUGCUGAAGGCUGAUAACCAAAGCCCUCGCUUGUGCUUAACAAGGAGCCAGAGCGACAGAUCAAUAGCAAAGCCCGACGUGUCAGCAGCAGGAAUCCAGUACCUGGACACAAUGCGUCUAAGUCUUCGCCGACCUUCUUCAAAAGACCUUCUGGAAGUAGAAGAGUCUCUUCCCGCUUCAAGCCCGCCCUUGAUUCCCUCGAUCACCAUAACAACCGUCGAGAAACUGACCUCUCACGAAGAGAAAGAAGUUCGGCCUUCAAAAUUGACCGAGUCGCCAUACAGGUCGUCGCCGAUAAAUUUAAACCCUUCCAUCGAGCAAUUCAAGAGAAUGCGUCCGACUUCAUGGUCACCGCCACCUGGCAAGCACAAGCACGGAUUUCGCGAGCGAGUGAGCGACCCUGGUCCUUUCAACCACACAAUUGUAAUGCCAGAAAGCCCCAAGAGUCCUCAAUUCCAAACCUGGUCUCCUUCCUGCUCUAAAAUAGAAAUCGGAUCAAAAGUCAACGUCUGCAAAAUAACUGUCUCUCCAAAAGCUGCGCCGCUGGUCCACAGACUGCAGGUUGGUGGGGAAUUCCCAAAAGGAUCUAAAAGAACCUCCAUCCUUAUCAACGGCGAGUCUUCCGAAGCAGAGCCCAAUAUUACCGACAACAAGGUUACCAUCAGCGUCGGUGGCGAAGACAGUGUUUGCAAUCCGACGGUAAUUUCUGUAAACUCGACGACUCCUCCGAAGAUCCAGAGCUCCAAGGAGAACAGGACACUCGUUAUUCUGGAUAAUUAUCAGUCUAAUAUUGUUCUAGAGUCCGCAAAAGCCAAUUCUAGAGAAAGAGACUCGAGUGCCGACAAGAUGGCCGACAAGAAGCCUAAAAUGGAGGACAAAGAUGCGCAAAGCCAAAUUUUUGUUAGAGAUGAAAAAAGAUGGUCAGGAUUGUCUAAAGAAUCUUUAAUUUCAAAAUUACUUGAAGAUUCUCUGCGCAAAGCGCGAGAAAAUGGAGAAAUUUUGGAUGAAAGUAGUGGAGAGGCUAUUUUGAGAAUUUUGAAGCAAAGUUUGCUUAAAACUAAAGAGUAUGAAAGCUCAGAGUCAACUUUGGAGGCUGAACAAUUUUCUAGAUCACCUAGUAUGAAUUCUGAUGUGGAUUUCUCGACUAAUUUGUUCUUGGAGGAGAAUCCUUAUGAGGUUAUUAAAGAGCCGAUUUAUGAAGAAAUUCCUGAUGAGCCGCCGCCUUUGCCGCUUAGUCCUCCGCCGACAGAAGAUUAUAUUAAAGGAAGGAUUUAUUUUCCAGAGGAGUAUAAAGAGAGUUAUUAUAAAAAGGUCAAUGCUGGACAGUAUUUGGGCAGUUAUUUGACGGAGGAUGUUUUUAAAAAGGAUGAAGGUGAUUACUUGUCGAAAAGUCCACAGGAGUUUUUUAAACCUACUGGGGAUGGAAAGUUGACGAAGAAGUUUGAACUUUUGAACUUUUUGAUGGACAAGGAUAGAGUUGUGGAGGUUGAGGAUGAAGUUGAGAUUGAAGAUGAUGAAGAUGAGGACACUGAGGGGGAUCUUGAGGCGCUUUAUGAGCAGAAAGAAACUAGUAUGGGGGAUUUGAGCUCGAAAAGUUCGCAGAUUUCUAAUGUUUCGGACAGCAGUGAGGAAUGUAAUAUUAUUCUGACCAGUUCUGCUGAAGCUACUAAGACACGGAGCGUGGACAUCGAAAGAACUGACAGCGGAGUUGGAUCGGAGAGCAGUCAAGCGAGCAGCAGCCGCGGCGUUGUAAGACGCUGGCGAGCCGGAAACACCUCAUCUUCCUCCUCCUCCGGUCCGGGCAGUCUCCUCGCUGGAAUCCCUCAGGUCAUAUCCGGCGAUGCGAAACUCUGUGAGGAUUGCGAGCAACGUCUUGAGCCUCUAAUCACCGACAGUGGUGUUGUCUACGCGCCAUUCGUUUGCCGGAAGUGUUCUAAGAAGCGUGCCGAGCGUAAAGAAAUAAUAACAGAAAUCGUGGAGACAGAGCAAAAGUACGGAAGGGAUUUAAGAAUUAUUUUAGAAGAGUUUCAUCGACCUAUGUUACGAGCUGGUCUUUUAACGCAAGAACAAUUGUCUGCGAUAUUUCUCAACGUAGAAGAGUUACUUGAGCAUAAUCUAGUACUUGCCGAGAAAUUGAAAGACGCCGUCGAGCUCAGUCAAGUCUCUGGAGACGAAGAUUUAGUGACAGUAGAUGUUGGGAAAAUUUUCCUCGAGUCGGAAAGAAUGCUCCAUGCAUUCGAAAGUUACUGCACCCGACAAGGCGGCGCGAGCUGUCUGCUCCAGAACUUGGAGAAAGAAAAGGAACUGCUGAGAAUAUUCUUAAAAGUUUCGCAAAUGGAGAACGCCGUUCUGAGACGCAUGAACUUGAAUUCUUUUCUCAUGGUACCUGUUCAGAGGGUCACUAAGUACCCUUUGUUGCUCGCUCGUCUCCUUAAAGCGACGCCUUCUGUCAGGAUUGACGUCCUGGAAGCGAGAAAGAGGCUGGAACAGGCACGGGCCAAUAUCGAACUUCAUUUAGAGCACAUGAAUGCUGAAGCCAAAGAUGUGACAUCAACAAAACUCUGGCGCAGGAUUUCAAUAAUCCAGAAUGGCAGAAGGUCUAAUGGCGAACAUGAUAUGGUCAAUAUUAAAUUACGCAAGAUGGCUGUUGAAGUACUUGAAUGGGCACACGAAGAAGCGCGUUUUGUUUUGGAGGGCCGUCUUCUCGUUGCUCAACCGACCGACAAUAAUUGGCGGAGAGGAAGAACUGUUAAAUUAGCACCUGUCAUUGCAAUGCUUGUUACUAACGGAAAGUCCAAUACGGAGUUUGUCGAUUUGAAUGACGACUCGUUGUUCCCGAGACAGAUCGGCAUUAAAGAAGCGACUUUGUUGUUAGUUAAAGAAAAAAUUGGGCGCUAUUCACUUCUACGAGAGCCAUUGUACCUAGAUAAAUGCAUAGUUUGUUGUGAAACGGAUUUAGAAGAUUAUUUCGAAAUUCAAGAACUAGCUUCCAAGGAAACUUUUAUAUUUAAAGCUGAAGAUGGUGCAAGAACAAAAAGAUGGUGUAGAACACUUCAAGCGCAUGCGCAGUCACUGGGCGCCUGGCGAAGACGUCGAGGAGCUCUUCCGAACAUUAUGAUAUGCGGAGUAGCAAGAAGUUAAUUUAAAGAGACCGAAUUAAUAAUUUUUACUUAAUUAAUUACACUUAAUUAAUAACCAAAUAGAUCAGACGUCAAUUUUUAAAACCUUGAGAUUUUUUAAGACGUAACUUGUUUAUAUUUUUAUUAUUAAUUAAUUAAUUAAAAAUAAAUAAGAGAAA